GCUGGCUAACGUUCCACCCGGUGCUCUCUCUCUCUCUCUCAUUUUCUUCCGAAUUUCCACUGACAUCUACCCGAUCUUGGCCAUAGACGAGGCAGAACAGGUUUGAUCUCUGUAAAAUUGGCUUUUCGGAUUUCUGAAUCCAUGAUUGUGGAAAAUUAUACGGUGGAAGUCACAGGGCUUUCUCCCAAUGCCAGUGACAAAGAGGUGUAUGAGUUUUUCUCUUACUGCGGCGACAUUGAACACCUAGAGAUCAUCAGAUUGAGCGAUUAUGUUUCUUUAGCCUACGUUACAUUUAAAGAGGCUUACGGAGUGGAAACUGCUCUCUUGCUUAGUGGAUCUGCUAUCGUUGAUCAAUGUGUCCGUAUCACUCGCCUGGAAGAUAAGUUAGAUGCACAUGAUCCUUUUUUCUUUAGUAGAAUGGACAAUCAAAGUAGUUCACAGGUAACUCAUGCAAAUGAAUUUGUUUCCACCCCUGGAGAGGCUGUGACUAUUGCUCAACAAGUAGUCACAACCAUGAUUGCUAAGGGAUACGUGUUGAGUAAAGAUGCAUUAGCGAAAGCCAAAGCCUUUGACGAGGAGCAUCAGGUGUCGUCAACUGCAGCAGCCAAGGUGGCAGAGCUUAGCAUGAAAAUCGGGCUCACUGAUAAAAUCAAUUCCGGAGUGGAGGCUGUUAAAUCUGUCGAUGAGAAGUACCACGUGUCCGAGAUUACCAAGAAUGCUGCAUCUUAUACAGGGAAAACCGCUAUAGCUGCUGCUGCUGCAGUUGUGAACAGCAGUUACUUUGCAAAGGGUGCCCUUUGGGUUUCAGGCGUUUUAGAUCGCGCUGCCAAGGCUACUGCUGAUUUGGGUAAGAAAGGUAAUACGAUGCCUUGAGGAAUGGUAACUUCAUAUCAUUGUAGUAGUAUCAUUGAAGUCUAUUGUAGCAGAUUCAUACAUGACAUUUCUGUCAUAGGUAAAUGCCUUUAGGGUGGUUGUUUUAGGUCAUAAUGUCUUUGUUUCCUUAAAACAAGAAUAUAUUUGUAUAACUGUCAUUAUCAAAACUAGCCUUCCAAACACAUUCCUGAAA